AACUUGAAAGAUUGAAACAAGGCUCCUUUCUCCUCCACCAUUGGUCUGCGUGUGGUUGACUCUUCUUCACCAUGUCUUCUCACAAGACUUUCAGGGUCAAGAGGUUCCUGGCUACAAAACAAAAGCAGAAUCAGCCCACUCCUGAAUGGAUUUGGAUGAAACCUGGUAAUACAGUCAGGUACCACUCCAAGAGGAGACACUGGGGAAGGACCAAGCUGGGCCUAUAA